CCAAUUAUACAGUUCUUCCUGAAGCUUUUGAGAAAUGGUCACAAGCUGUAAUGAGGAAAUUGCUUCCACGACAAAUGGAAAUUAUUGAGGAAAUUGACAAGCGGUUCAGAGAACUGGUGAUCUCCACCCGGAAGGAUAUUGAGGGAAAGCUCGAUUCGAUGAGUGUGUUAGAUAACUCUCCCCAGAAGCCAGUGGUGCGGAUGGCGAAUUUGUGUGUAGUGGCUGCACAUACGGUGAAUGGAGUGGCCGAGUUACACAGCAACAUUUUGAAGGAAGAGCUGUUUGCAGAUUAUCUGUCUAUUUGGAUCUGCGAUGCUUCAGGUCAUACUUGCUCACUAACCUGUAUCAUAACAGAUACCAUUUGGGAUUUGUUGAGGGAUUUGUUGAGAGAUGUAGAGGUGGCCGACGUCUACAUGUUGUGCCAGUGA